GGAAUGUUUCAUUCGCAAUAAUACUUCACAGUCACAGCUAGUCCUAUGGUCCAAGAUUAAGGAUGAACUUGUAUCUCAAAAGUCACCAAAACUAGCUGAUAAAGUUGCACACUUUCAAAAGUUGAAUUGGUUUAUUUGUUUCUUGUGGUUGGAAGAAUGAAGGCAGAUAGGAUAGAAGAGAGCAGCGAGCGGUUGUUAGGUAGAAAAAGCAGCAACGGCAGCACUGGUGGGAGCAGUGAGUCUAGGUGGGUCGAUGGCAGUGAAGUGGACUGGGAUGAUGUUCCUUCAUGGUCUAAGAACCAUGGAAAUGAUAGUAGACAAGGGUUUGGGUCAAUCAGAAGGAGGCUUGUCAAGAAGCCCAAUAGAGUUGACUCAUUUGAUGUGGAAGCCAUGGAAAUUGCUGGAACUCAUGGUCAACACUCCCCGGAUCUUUCACUUUGGCCCACACUUGCAUUAGCAUUUAAGACUCUUGGUGUGGUAUAUGGUGACAUGGGAACAAGUCCUCUAUAUGUUUUUGCUGAUGUCUUCGGCAAGGUUCCGAUUGGGUCAGAUGUGGAUGUCUUGGGGGCGUUAUCAUUAGUAAUGUACACAAUAGCCAUUGUUCCACUAGCCAAAUAUGUUUUCAUAGUCCUCAAAGCAAAUGAUAAUGGAGAAGGAGGAACAUUUGCACUAUACUCGCUGAUUUGCAGGUAUGCAAAUGUUAAUCUUCUUCCAAAUCGUCAACAAGCUGAUGAAUAUAUCUCUAGUUUCAAGCUCAAGCUGCCUACUCCAGAACUGGGAAGGGCCUUAAAAAUAAAAGAGACUUUGGAAAGCUCAUCAACUUUGAAAAACCUGUUGUUAGUGUUGGUUCUUCUGGGAACUUCCAUGAUUAUCGGAGAUGGUAUUUUAACCCCAGCAAUAUCAGUGAUGUCUGCCAUAAGUGGUUUGCAGGAUCAAAUAAAAGGAUUUGGUACAGGUGAAGUGGUUUCUGUGUCUAUUGUAGUUUUGGUGGCUUUGUUCAGCAUACAGCGGUUUGGUACCAGUAAAGUGGGAUUCAUGUUUGCCCCUGUCCUUGCUAUAUGGUUCUUCUCUCUGGGUUCUAUUGGAAUAUAUAAUAUACUUAAAUAUGAUAUUACUGUUCUGAGAGCAUUCAAUCCUGCUUAUAUCUACUAUUUCUUCAAGAAAAAUGGCAAAAGUGCAUGGUCAGCUCUCGGUGGUUGUGUUCUGUGCAUUACAGGUGCAGAAGCAAUGUUUGCAGAUCUGGGACAUUUUUCUGUACCAGCAAUACAGAUUGCCUUCACUUGUGUGGUAUUUCCCUGCCUCCUCCUUGCUUAUAUGGGUCAAGGUGCUUUUUUGAUGAAGAACCCCAGUGCUUAUUCAAGUGUAUUCUACAAAUCUGUUCCAGAAUCUCUCUUCUGGCCAAUGUUUGUUAUAGCCACACUUGCUGCUAUGAUUGCCAGCCAAGCAAUGAUAUCUGCUACAUUUUCAUGCGUUAAGCAAUCUAUGGCUUUGGGAUGCUUCCCCCGGCUCAAGAUAAUUCACACCUCAAGAAAAUUCAUGGGUCAAAUAUACAUUCCUGUAAUUAAUUGGUUUUUGAUGAUCAUGUGCAUAGUUGUCGUUUCCAUCUUCCAAAGUACUACUGAUAUUGCAAAUGCAUAUGGUAUUGCUGAAGUUGGUGUCAUGAUGGUUAGCACCACAUUGGUUACACUAGUAAUGCUGUUAAUUUGGCAGACCAACUUGUUUUUGGCAUUCUGUUUCCCUCUUCUGUUUGGCUCAGUGGAGCUCAUCUACAUGUCAUCUGUCCUAUCAAAAAUCGCUGAGGGUGGCUGGCUUCCACUCGCCUUUGCUACGUUUUUCCUCUCCGUGAUGUACACGUGGAACUACGGGAGUGUAUUGAAGUACCGGAGCGAAGUUAGAGGGAAGGUUUCAUUGGACUCAAUGCUUGAUCUUGGCUCCAAUCUCGGAACAGUAAGAGUGCCAGGAAUAGGAUUGCUGUAUAAUGAGCUUGUCCAGGGAAUUCCCUCCAUAUUUGUGCAGUUCCUGCUGGGCCUUCCAGCUCUCCACUCUAUUAUAGUUUUUGUCUGCAUUAAAUACAUUCCGGUCCCCGUGGUUCCUCAAGAGGAAAGGUUUCUGUUUCGCAGAGUUUGCCCGAAAGAUUACCAUAUGUUCCGGUGUGUUGCGAGGUACGGUUAUAAAGAUGUCAGGAAGGAAGAUCACCAUGCGUUUGAGCAACUUCUUAUUGAAAGUCUCAAGAAAUUCUUGAGAAGGGAGGCUCUAGAAACUGCCUUGGAGUUGGAGGCUAGCUUAACCGACGAUUUGGACAGUGUCUCGGUGAAUACAAGGGAUUCUGAUAUUCCUGCUGGUAAUGGGGCAGAGGAGCUUAGGAUUCCACUGAUGCAAGGUCAGAAUUUGGAAGAAACGGGAGCUUCUACGUCUCAGGAAGCUGCAUCAGCAUUACCAUCUAGUUACAUGUCAUCAGAUGAAGAUCCUAGUCUUGAGUAUGAGCUUUCCGCACUUAGGGAAGCAAUGGAAUCAGGAUUCACCUAUUUGCUUGGACAUGGCGAUGUGAGGGCGAAGAAGAACUCUAUUUUCUUUAAGAAAUUGGUGAUAAAUUAUUACUAUGGAUUUCUCAGAAAGAACUGCAGAGGAGGCACUGCAAACAUGAGAGUACCUCACACCAAUAUCAUUCAAGUGGGGAUGACAUAUAUGGUUUGACUUAGCCAUUCGUUCUUUAUGAUAAUUGUGCAAUGCAGCCUCAGCCUUGAACACCCUUUGUGACUGGAAUUUUACUUUCUAAAGUGGUUAGUGAAAUUUUUGUAGCAUCUCAAUGUGAAGGGGUAGUCUUAGCGCAAUAGUAAAAAGUUGUUGCCAUGUGACAUAGGUCACAGAUUAAGUCUUGAAACAACCUCUUGUGUAAAAAAUAAGGUAAGACUGGGCACAUGAGACUCGUUCAUGAACCAAUGCGUCCGGGAGCUUUGUGCCCUGAGCUGUCCUUUUAUAUGCUGGCUCACUGAUGGAGCCAACAUGGUUCGUGUAUGAAAUUUGUUAGAAUGUGUAAUUGUUUCAUUUUUCAACCCCAUAACACAGUAAAAUUUCAUGCAAGAUGUGGUCAUGAGGAAUUUCAAAUUUUAAUUAUUUUGGGAA